AUGGAAGCGAAAACAAAUCUACCAUGGGUUGCGAAAUAUCGUCCAGAAUCAUUGACUGAUAUUGUUGCACACGAAGAAAUUGUGAAAACUCGUGAGUUGAAUCGAUUCGAAAAAUGCGAAAAAAACAAAAUAAAUAUUUUUAGUUUCGAAGUUUAUCGAGAAUAAAACAAUGCCACAUUUGUUGUUUUAUGGUCCACCAGGAACUGGAAAAACAACGACAGUUCUGGCGGCUGCUCGAAAAAUGUAUACUGGUUCGAAAAUGUCUUCAAUGGUAUUGGAACUAAACGCUUCUGAUGAUAGAGGAAUUGAUGUUGUCAGAAAUACAAUUGUCAAUUUUGCUCAAACAAAAUCAUUAUUUUCAAAAGCCGGUGACACUGCGGUUCCUUUCAAACUUGUGAUUCUUGAUGAAGCGGAUGCAAUGACGAAAGAUGCACAAAACGCAUUGAGAAGAAUUAUUGAAAAAUACACGGAUAAUGUUCGAUUUUGUAUUAUUUGCAAUUAUUUAUCCUCAAUUAUUCCGGCGAUUCAAUCGAGAUGCACUCGUUUUCGAUUUGCUCCCCUCGAGAUGAAAUUAAUCGCACCAAGGCUAGAUUAUGUGGUAUGUUUGAUAUUUUGUUUUGAAUAAUCAAGGAAAAAUAGAAGAUUUUUAGGUGGAACAAGAGAAUUUGAAAAUGAGCGAAGAUGGAAAACAGGCACUUUUGACAGUUUCGAAAGGAGAUAUGAGAACUGUUAUAAAUACUUUACAAAGUACUGCGAUGAGUUUUAAUGAAAUCACAGAAACAACAGUUUAUCAAUGUAUUGGACAACCAACUCCUGCUGAAAUGAAACAAGCGGUUAAUGCACUUUUGAAUGAUUCAGCAAAAACAAGUAUCAAAAGUAGGAAAUAUGUUUGAAUUCAUAAAAUAAAACACAUUUUUUGUCAGAAAUCAAAACUCAAUUCUUCAACAAUGGAUAUGCUUUACAAGAUGUUAUCACACAUUUACAUGAUCUCGCCUAUUCUCUAGAUAUUCCAGAUGAAGCGCUUUGUUGUAUUGUUAGUGGAUUAGGAGAAGUCGAAGAAAAUCUCGCAUCUGGAUGUAGCAAUGAAAUGCAAUUGGCUUCAGUCGUCGCUUCAUUUUUCGAAGCCAAGCGAAUUUGCGCAAAUAGCCUAAAAGCUUGA